CCAGUGUCGUCGCUGCCAGCCGCGUUCAGCGACAUCCACUGUCCAUCGCGCGAGACGACGACCACGACAGCAUCCAAGUCAUCAUGUCUUCGUUCUUUGGCAUCGGCAAGACGCGCACGUUCAAGCCGCGCAAGGACGUCCCGGAGGGGACGAAGCAGUACCAGCUGAGGAAGUAUGCGGAGGCGACACUGGGCUCAGGAAACCUGCGUCUCGCGGUGCAACUCCCUGAUGGUGAAGACCUGAAUGAGUGGCUCGCGGUCCAUGCCGUCGACUUCUUUAACCACCUCAACAUGCUUUACGGCACAGUCACCGAGUUCUGCACCGCGCAUGAGUGCCCCAUCAUGUCCGCAGGCCCACGAUACGAAUACCUGUGGGAAGACGGCGUGAAAUACAGGCGCCCAACGAAGCUACCCGCCCCCGAGUACGUCGACGCGUUGAUGAACUGGGCUCAGGGCCUCCUGGACGAUGAGUCUAUAUUCCCGAACAAGAUAGGUGUCCCAUUCCCCAAGAACUUCCGCGACACUGUCCGCACCAUCACACGCCGUCUAUUCCGCGUAUAUGCGCACAUAUAUAGCAAUCACUUCGACCAGAUAUGCGCGCUUGGUAUUGAAGCCCACCUCAAUACCAGCUAUCGCCACUUCUUCCUCUUCGUGAACGAGUUCGAUCUAGUGGACAAGAAGGAGCUUGCCCCGCUCGACGAACUCAACGAUGCGAUCCUCGCCGAGGACAAGGCACGAUGAAGGAGAGAUUAACGGGCAGUCUAUCCACUACCGCGCAUCUCUUCAGCGCUGUAACAUACCCGUGCAGUGUAGUGAUCAUGCCUGCCCUCAAUGUACUCUUAUGACACCCGGUUGGAUCCAUUAUAGUACUCUCAUGCCUCAGGCUCACCUCCAA